AGUAGUGUUUCAAGUAAUUUUCAGAGGCAAAUAAAUAAAUUCAUAAAUGUAAAUAGCGCGUAACAUUCUACAGAAAGGUGAAACUAAGUAAUGUUAGCGAUUUAUUUUUGAGCUAAGUUAUCCCUACAAAUCUUUUUCUUGAAGUUAACGUUAUUAUCUUCAUUUAGUUAGUUAACUAAUAACGUUCAUUUUUGGUGUUUUAAGUGUAAUUCCAAGAAUGCAGCCAAAAGAGUGCGAUUCGGAAGAACUGACCGGAACAGAACUGCAGGAGGUUUGCCUGCAGCAAACCGACAAUGCCGAGCUGCUCCUGCAAGCGGUCGCCGGAACGCCGGUCACACUGGCUGAGGACGUCUUGCCAGUGAACAAGGAGUCACCUGUAACAGGAGGGGACGGGACCACAGAGGAGAGGAGAGAGACCAAAAGUGCUGACGAAGUGAACGGCAACGUCCAGCCCUCCCAACAGGACCAAAAAGAGAAGGACAUGGGACCCAGAAUGACAAAGGAGUUCUUGAGAAAUCACUGCAAGCAGCACAAGUUGUACAUCACCCCGUACCUGAACGACACACUCUACCUGCACUAUAAAGGGUUCUCCACCAUAGAGAACCUGGAGGAGUACCGGGGGCUGAAGUGCCUGUGGCUGGAGUGUAACGGCCUGCAGAGGAUCCAGAACCUGGAGGCCCAGACGGAGCUGCGCUGCCUCUUCCUGCACCAGAACCUGAUCCACAGGCUGGAGAACCUGGCCCCCCUCACCAAGCUCUGCACCCUCAACCUCUGCCACAACUACGUCACGGUCAUCGAGAACAUAUCCUGUCUGCCUGAGCUGAGCACUCUGCAGAUCUCUCACAACAAACUGGAGACGGCACAGGACCUGGCCCACCUGGCACACUGCUCUAAAAUCAGCGUCCUCGACCUGUCCCACAACAAACUGAGCGACCCGGACAUCCUCACCGUCCUGGAGGCCAUGCCUGAACUGAGAGUGCUGAAUCUGAUGGGGAACGAGGUCACGAGGAUGAUCCCCAACUACAGGAAGACGCUGACCGUGCGCCUCAGACAGCUCACCUACCUGGACGACAGGCCCGUGUUCCCCAAGGACAGGGCGUGUGCGGAGGCCUGGGCCAGCGGAGGCCUGGAGGCGGAGAGGAGGGAGAGGGAGACGUGGGACACGAGGGAGAGGAAGAAGAUCCAGGACAGCCUGGACGGGCUGAGAGACAUCCGGGAGAAGGCCCUGCAGAGACGCAGGCUGAGGGAGGAGCAGGAGAUGGGUUUAGGAGACCACCUCCAUGACCCCCCCACUGAGGAGGGAGCCCGAGACGCCCCAGCAGGGACGGAGGACUCCAGCAGACAGGAGACCCAGCGGCCUACAGAGCCUGAGGCCCUGCCUGUGUAUCAGGACUUCCUGGAGACAGAGGAGACAGCGAAUCAGGACUUCCUGGAGACAGAGGAGACAGCGAAUCAGGACUUCCUGGAGACAGAGGAGACAGCGAAUCAGGACUUUCUGGAGACAGAGGAGACAGCGAAUCAGGACUACCUGGAGACGGUCACCCCGGAGACAGAGGAGACAGCGCAUCAGGACUUCCUGGAGACGGUCACCCCGGCGACGGAGACAGCCCAUGGAGACCAAGACACGUACACCCAGGACCCCUCUGCUCACUCACCAGCAGAAGCUCCGGGAGCCCAGCCAAUCAGUGGCCUGCAGACACAGAGGAAGGCCACAGAGGAAGCCCAGCCAAUUGCAGAGCAGCACACACAGAUGGCUACUCAAGGCUCCCUGGUGACAGAGCUGGACUGUGCAGACCAGAUAGAGACCAUUCAGGUGGACGACUACAGCCAGCUGUGCAUCAAUGACCUUCCAGAUUUGGAGGAGGUCGAUCUCGAAGACCCCCACGGAAUGGACUUCUUCACUUCUCAGGACGUGUUCCGACCGAAAAUCGAGGUGAUCUCCGGCGAUAGCGAGGAGAGCGAUGUGGAGGAGACUGAGGACCCCCCAGCCGAGAAACCGCUCCUCACAGAGAGCCUCUCCCGAUCCAAACCCCAACACAUCAAGGACCAGGAACCGGAACCCACAGAGCUCUUCUUCAGGGUCACUGACAAACACCUGUCAAUCAAACCUGAGAGUCUGGAGCCCACCAAUCAACUCACCAGACAGUCCAAACCAGACAGAGGGCUGGAGAAGCAAAGAUGUCUGAUAGAAGAACUGGAUUAAAAUGACAGCAAAUGUUACCUUCUUCAUUUUAUUCUGAUUAAUCCACCUUAGCAACUGCUUUGGAAUUACAAAAGUUUGUUCCAUGGAUUUUGAAGUAUUUAACCAUUUCCAAAAUUCCAGAUAAAUGUGUUCAGAGUUCCAAAGUAGUUCCACAGUUUUCUUGUGUAUUAUAGGGUGGCCUUUCACAGAAACCACAACACAGACAAGUUAUAGGGUUUAUUUUGUUGGCACGUGUUUACACAAAACUAAGACUGAACCAGUUCAUCAUAAAAAAAGUAAAUUAAAAAAUCUAUUCAUUAUUAACCUCCAUUAUAAACACACAUAGACAAAAACCAUUUAAAAUACAUCGGAUACAAACACGUUAUUAAAAAGUUUGUUGGGGAAACAGUGCUGGUUUUGCCUUGUACAACAUCUUUUGUAAUACGCUAUACAGGUGUGAAAUGUAACAAAUCAAGAGUACUUGUUUAUGAAAAAAUGCAUGUACUCACAGCUAAAUGCCUUUGAACUCAUUUAGUCAUUUAGUGAUCUGGCUAUUUUGCACAGUGUUUCUUGAAGAAAAAGCUAAGAACUUCGGCUCAAUUCGCUCCCUUCAAUCCUAUCCACACAGAACGGUUCUCCUCGGCAGACUGGUAGCAGGCUGAGGUUCCCUUUGGUCCAUGUAA